AUCUGGCUGCACGAUUACCAUUCGGCGCACGGGUCCGCAGUUGGCUACAACGGCCAGAACCAAAACGAGGUGCGGAAAAGCGAGACAUGGAUUCUGGCAUUCGAGCCCGGCGAAGAGAAUCCCUUCGGGGAGAUCACUAUCCAUUCGGGAAGUCUUGCCGUCGAGAUUAAAUUUGUCAACCACACAACAGCAGACCCUCAAUACCCGUCCACAGAGGCGCCGACGGAACCCCGGACCAUCAAUGACACGCCCAUCUACUUCCAUGACCAACUUCUUGGAAUAGGUGGAUUUGGCGAAGUCCACAAGGUUAUCAGGAUACGCGAUGGGAAGGUUCUCGCCGCCAAGACAUUCAUACCUCCAGCCAACGAUAAGAAAACGACGAAGUUGGGCGAAAAGCCAGCC